UUGGGACUCAAGUGUCACGUAAUUGUAUCAGAAUUUUCCAGACUUCUACUAUUUAUGUCUUCCUCAGAGUCGCACAGACAAUCGUUGUAAUCCGAAGAAGAUCGAUAAAAAAGAUAAGAAGAAAAGAAAUCAGUGAUAGAAGAAGAAGAAAAACAGAGUGGGAAUUGAAAAUGUCGUGGCAAACAUAUGUGGACGAUCACCUGAUGUGCGACAUCGACGGUAACCACCUUACCGCCGCUGCAAUCCUCGGCCUCGACGGCACCGUCUGGGCUCAGAGUGCUUCGUUCCCUAAGUUCAAGCCCGAAGAGAUCACUGGCAUCAACAAAGAUUUUGAUGAACCUGGCUUUCUUGCUCCUACUGGUCUACACCUUGGCGGCACAAAGUACAUGGUAAUCCAAGGAGAGCCUGGCGCUGUGAUUCGUGGAAAGAAGGGCUCUGGUGGUGUCACUAUAAAAAAAACUGGUCAAGCUCUGAUCUUUGGUAUCUAUGAUGAGCCGAUGACUCCAGGACAGUGUAACAUGAUUGUUGAGAGGAUGGGAGAUUAUCUCGUUGAUCAGGGCAUGUAGAUCUUUUCUCCAAGUCACAAUUUCCUUUUAUAUUAAACCUGGGUUCUGGGCUUGCAUUUUUUUCCUUCUACGGCUAUGAACUUAUGGGGGGAGUUGUUGCAAAAAAUAACUCUGGCAACAGCAACAGUUGGUUUUAUGGCAUAUUAAUUGUGUAUUUAUCAUUUUUAUUGUUUUUUUUUUUGUUUUUUUGGUGCUGCAGUUGAGAUAUUUGAGUUUUGAUUGUCCAUGGAUUUUCAUCUAUAUAUGAUCAAAUUAUUGUGGUUGUUAUUA